CCAGCCCCUGGGCGCGGCCUGCAGGGGGCAGGCGAUUGCCUGGGGAAGCGGGGGCAGGACGAGCCACCAGCUCCCGCUCCGCAGCCGCAGGGACCGCUCUGCGCCCGCCUGGUGCGCCCUCCUUGGCCAGUGAACUCGCGCUGCCCCGCUGCUGCCAUGUGUGCGGCUCGGACGCCGCAGCUGGCGCUCAUCUUCCGAGGGACUUUCGUCCACUCCACCUGGACCUGCCCCAUGGAGGUGCUUCGCGAUCACCUCCUCGGCGUGAGCGACAGCGGCAAAAUAGUGUUUCUAGAAGAAUCAUCUCAGCAAGAAAAACUGGCCAAAGAAUGGGGCUUCAAACCAUGUGAGAUCAGAGAGCUGAGCCACCAUGAGUUCUUCAUACCAGGCCUUGUUGAUGCACACAUCCAUGCCCCUCAGUAUGCCUUUGCUGGAAGCAACGUCGACCUGCCACUUUUGGAGUGGCUGAACAAGUACACAUUUCCUACAGAACGAAGGUUCCAGAGCACCGAUGUGGCCGAAGAAGUCUACACUAGAGUUGUCAGGAGAACACUAAAGAACGGCACCACCACGGCUUGCUACUUUGGAACAAUUCACACUGACUCAUCCCUGCUCCUUGCGGAAAUUACAGAUAAAUUUGGGCAGCGAGCGUUUGUGGGCAAAGUAUGCAUGGAUUUGAAUGACACUGUUCCAGAAUACAAGGAGACCACCGAGGAGUCAGUCAAGGAGACAGAGAGAUUUGUGUCAGAAAUGCUCAAAAAGAACUAUCCAAGGGUGAAACCCAUAGUGACCCCGCGCUUUUCCCUUUCUUGUACGGAGACUCUGAUGAGUGAACUUGGCAACAUCGCCAAGACCCACGAUCUGUACAUCCAGAGCCACAUAAGUGAAAACCGUGAAGAAAUUGAAGCUGUGAAAAGCCUAUACCCUGGUUACAAAAAUUACACAGAUGUCUAUGAUAAAAACAAUCUUCUGACCAACAAGACAGUGAUGGCGCAUGGCUGCUACCUUUCUGAAGAAGAGCUUAACGUCUUCAGUGAACGAGGAGCAUCCAUUGCACAUUGUCCCAACUCUAAUCUGUCGCUGAGCAGUGGCUUACUGAAUGUGCUUGAUGUCCUGAAGCAUAAAGUGAAGAUAGGGCUUGGGACAGACGUGGCUGGUGGUUACUCCUAUUCCAUGCUGGAUGCUAUCAGAAGAGCAGUGAUGGUUUCCAAUGUCCUCUUAAUUAAUAAGGUGAACGAGAAAAGCCUCACCCUCAAAGAAGUUUUCAGACUAGCCACUCUUGGAGGAAGUCAAGCCCUGGGGCUCGAUAGUGAGAUUGGAAACUUUGAAGUCGGCAAGGAAUUUGAUGCCCUCUUGAUCAAUCCCAGAGCAUCAGACUCUCCCAUCGAUCUGUUUUAUGGGGAUUUUGUUGGUGAUAUUUCUGAGGCUGUUAUCCAGAAGUUCCUCUAUCUAGGAGACGACCGAAAUAUUGAGGAGGUUUAUGUGGGUGGAAAGCAGGUCGUUCCCUUCUCCAGCUCAGUGUAAGGCUUUGGACAUCCAUGAAGCUCUCCUGGGAGAACAUAAUUCUGCAAUCUUCCUUGUGCCCAGGGACCAAUCAGAAAGUAUAUUUUAAAAAAGUACCGUGUUCUUUGGAUGACUUAUGUUCCUGUGUCUCCUUCCAGUGCUCAUUUGGUAAAUUAUUUGAAGGGAGUACGCUGCUUCUCCACUCUGGUCUGGGAGCAUUCGUAAUUUCAUGACAGUGCCUCCCAUUGGGCUGUUUAGAUUUGUGUUAAGGUCACACAGAAGGUAGUAUUAACAGCUGGCAAUGUGCUUUUGAUAGUGAAGUAAAACCUUUUCAUAUAGGGAAAUACAGGGUGAGGAACUCUCCCUAUGUGAUUAGACACUCUGUGCUAAUGACUGAAAAAAUUUAAGAAACUCCAGUAUGGACCAAUGAGCAGAUGUUUAUGAGAGAGAACAAGCUAGACAUUGAAAAGACAUUGGAAAAUCACUGGUUGUGCUUGGAAAUUAAAUAUUGAGAACACUCUUGUAAAAAGAGAACUUACUGGAUUUAAAACAUGCUUCUAGAUUGACCUUGUCUAUGGAAAUUCGCACUUUGUGAAAUUAGCAUUUCAGGGUGUGCUACUGUUAUGCUUUCUCUUCUUGGGAUGAAUGUCAGAAACAGAAUGCCACGCACUUUUCAAAUAUAGUUCUACGCUUCAAAGUGUUUGACAGAAGUUGAGUAUUAAAGAUUUAAAGUCUCUUAGGGAUAGUAUUCACACAGCCACAUGGCAUAAAUAGUUGUGUUUUUGUGUACUUCAAAGUCAUCUUGAUUCCUGGCUGUGAGGUGUUCCAGUUGCUUCUAUUUUAUUAUAUGAGAAACAAGCCCUGUGUACGUUGCUGCCCUGUAGAGUGGAAUCUUCAUAAAUUGGGGAAGUAGUGUAUUCCCCAGAGCUGUUAACACUGUCAGGACAGGGUUCUUUGCAAUGCUGAAUCUACCCAACCCAAUUUGUCAGCGUUGCUGUACAGUUCACCCUCCUAUCAAUGUGCUAGAACUUAAAAGCCAAGUGAAAGUCCCUUAAAGAAUUAAGGAUAAGACUCUGUACGGCCUGUAUAUUGAAAGAACUCUGUUUUUUCAAAUUUAUCAAAUUGUCAUUGUAAUUCUUUAAGAUUCUUCUGGCAUCAAAAUCUUAGAAUAGUGAAAAUGAUAUAGAAUUGCCAUUUAAUGUUUAUAUUUCUAGGACUUACCUGUACUAGACACCAAGAAAUAUUAAACAAAAGAGGACCCCUUAGCUUUUCUAACUAAUAUAGUAUCUCUUCUCACACCAGAACUAAAACCAGGUCAUAACCAUGUGGCUGAGCCUUAGGAAACAGUGAUGUGGAUUCUAAUUAAAUACAUUUUUCUCAAUUUAUUCCAUCUCCUACAAGCAAGCAAGAACCAGGAACAGGUUUUAUUAACAACCCAUUUCAUUCCUAGGGUUUAGGUGAGUUUCUAUUUUAUAUUAUAACAGAAAAAACAUUAGGGAAUAGAGUUACUUUUCAUGUCCAAGAAUACGUAGUUCCUCUGCUGUCCGGUAAACAUCAAUUUCACUGCCCAUGCUAACUCAGCAGUACCUUGUCCAGAUCUAUUUUCCUGGUAGAAGCACUUUUAGAUCUGGUUGUGUAUACAUUGCAUCUGAAGAUGAUACACAUUUUAGGUCUUACUUCAUUUUAUCUUAAAAAAAAAAAAAA